AUGCUGACUGUUUUGCUUGCUCUUUUACCUGGUGCUGGGGUUGGAAACCUCAUCACACAGUGGCCAGAAGAAAUGCUUAAGAGAGCUGGAGAUACUGUGGACAUCGCCUGCUACCAGAAUUAUACCACACUUGCCUAUAUGUUCUGGUACCAGCAGCCUCCAAGAAAUGGUCUGAAGUUAGUAGCCAGUACUUCUACAUGGAUGCAGAAUUCUUACGAGGAAGGUUACAGUGAGGCCAAGUUUGAGAUAAACAGAGACAAUAAUGAUCACUCAGUGAUGACUAUCAAGAAUGUGACAUCCAAGGAUGCAGCCACGUAUUUCUGUGCUGCGAGUGAUCACACGAUUGAAGUGAAACCAUUAAAGAGCAAUAUGAACAACAUGUUUACUGCAGGAAAAAAAUGUCAGGAUUAUAAAUUCAGGGGUAAUGGAUACACUAAAAGUUUCGGCGAUGGCACAAGACUUACAGUAAUGGGUUUGGCUCAGAGCACAGAGAGUAGAGGAGAGGUUUUCCUGCAGCUGCAAAACAGUGUGAAUAAUGAAAGACUGUACUUUGGCAGCGGGACAAAACUCAAAGUCCUAGGGAAGAACGAUGAAAUCAUACCUCCAGCUGUGGCCAUCUUUUCCCCGUCAAAGCAAGAGAUCCAACAGAAGAGCAAGGCCACGCUGGUAUGCCUGGCUUCUGGUUUCUACCCUGACCACCUGAAUCUGGUCUGGAAGGUGAAUGGUGCUAAGAGGACAGAAGGUUUGGGGACAGAUGAGUUUUCCACACGGAAUGGGAGUACCUAUUCAUUGACCAGCCGCCUGAGGAUCUCAGCCCAGGAAUGGUUCAACCCUUUAAACCGUUUUGAGUGUGUUGCCAAUUUUUUUAAGAAUGACACACUGGAAUCAAUACACAAAUUAAUCUACGGUGAUGCUGGUUGUGCACUCACGGAAGCGUCCUACUUGUGGUAUGGAAAUUCUCUGAAGCUCACUUACCUCAUUCUCUGUGGCAAAGCUUUCCUCUAUGCAGUUUUCGUGAGCAGUCUGGUGCGGACAGCUAAG